CAAUUUAGUAUAACCAUCAACAUAUAUUUAGUUAAAAUUUAAAAGUGUCAUGAUGAAGUUUUUAUUGUGUUUAACUUUAGUUUGCACUGUCGUAAUUGCCGAUCCUGAGCCUUUCUCAUCUGUUGGCGUUAAAAAUGAGACUGUAUUAAAUCACCGAUUUGAGCGAAAUGACAUUCAACAAUUUCCAAUUGUUCAAACUUCUGCCAAAUCUGAAGAAAAGGAACUAAGAACUGAAACGAAAGCUGACCUAAAUACAGAUGCUAAUGAUAAAUCUAGGUAAUUAUAGCUCAAUAUGACAUUAAAAUUAAAUUAUUUAUGUAGUAUUUUUUUUAAACUAGGAACUUAGAAAAAAUGAAUAAAUAAUAAAUUAGGUUUCAAUUUAUUCAUUUAAUUUAUAAGCAAUUAUAAGUAAAUAUUAUAUAUACAGGUAUCCCACAAAGAUAUUUCUAUUGCAAUUACUCCUAAGAUAAUAAAGAUAAUUUAAUUUUUAUAUUUUGAUAAAAAAAAUUAAAAAAUAACUUUUAAAAUUUAAAGAUAACCAUUUUAUAGUCAUAGAUUCUUCUGAAAAUGUUGGCGUUUUUACUUUUUAUUCCCCUUAAAAUUGUAAUUUUUUUUUUUAAGUUCAGAGAAAAAAGACGGACAUAAUUUGCACAAUGGAUGAGCCACUGUUGUAGGUGAGAAGUUAGGAAGGUAGGAUAAUAAAGAGAAAUUUAAUUUAUAUUUGUACGCAACGAUUACUCAUUGCUAACGAAUUAAUUUUGUGAGGGAUUCGGUUAUAUAUGUUUUAAAAGGCCGUAAUAUUUACGAUUUUCGUCAAAAUAGCAUUUUAAAAUUCUUAUAAAAAGAAAUACUACAAUGUUAUACUAUCUUUUUUUUUCUUACCUAUUAGUACCUACGAUUUAUAUGUGUUUCCUGACAAUUUUCUAAACAUUUCUGUUUAGUCUAACAAUUAUAUCCACAUAGUAUCUACCAAAUAAAAAUUACGUAAAACUCGCAAAAUUAAAAUCAAUAAAACAUCAAUAGGUAAAAAAAGACUAAGAACACUGAACAUUUUAUCAGGUCAGGAAAAGGCAAAUAUAAGUUUUUGUCCAAAUUUCAAGUCUCUUCAAAUAUUUUUAAGUGAAUUGCAACAAAAACAAAAUUUGAAAAUAAUACAUUUCGUAAAUGUUCUGGUUUUUCCUAUAUAUUUUCCCUGUGGUUUCUAAUUAUUAAGAAAAUCACUUGAAAAUUCAGAAAAUUAUCACAUUAAAAGUACCAUUGAACAUACUUGAAAACCAGAGCAAGAUAAUGUGGUAGAAAAGUCAUUUAUAAAAAAAAAAACAUUUAAAUAUAAUUGUAAAACCAAUAUAUUCCUCACUUCGCUCCGAAUCCUAUACGUACCUAGUCAAUACUAACCAUAAUAAUCGUAAAUAUGUUUUAUUAAUUAUUAUUCUGAUAGCCUAUAAUUAUGCAGUAAGCUAUAAUUGCAUUUGCUAACUGAUUAUUAUUAUUAUUAUUAUUAUUGGGAAUUGACUACACUUUUUUUUCUCUGAACUUUAAAAAUUAUAAAAAAUCACGAAUUUAAUAAAAAUAAAAAGUAAAAACGUCCACAUUUUCAGAAAAAUAAACUAUAAAAUGUUUCGAAAAUAAUAAAACAACACGUUGUUUUUUUAAUAAAAUGUACAAAUUUAAAUAUUUGUAAUCCUCGCGAGUGAUAAAAACAAAACUUGAAUAUCUAAUUACUAACAUAUACUAAUUAUUGGAAAAAAUAAGAUUUUUUUUUUAUACAAAUCUAAAUUAUUUAUUUUAUUAUAUAGUUACAUACAUUUUAAAUAAUUAAUUUGUUUUAACUUUUUAAAUAUCAUAUUAUCUAUUUCUAACUAACUUGUUUUUUGGUUUUCCUAAAAUAAUAAAUAUCAUGUCUAAGUAUGCAUACUGCUUUAAAUUACAUUUUGCUUUAUUUUAGAUUCUGAGCGGAGCGAGGAAUUUAUUAGUUUUACAAUAUUUAUUUAUUUGUUUUUAUUUAUGCACAAUUUUUUACCUUUCUGACUAGGGUGGUACUUAAGAAGGUAAUUUGUUGAUUACCCCAGCUGUUUUCAUAAAACAUAGCAAAAACCGUGUAAAUUUACGAAAUUUUUUUCAAUUUUUGGUUUUGUAUUGUUUUGAUUCAGUUAUAAAUAUUUGUCGAGACCUGGAAUUCGGAUAAAAAACAUACAAUUACCUUUUCUAGAUGAAGCAAAAUGUUCGAAACAUUUUUAUUUUGGUUGUUUUGUAAUAAACUAAACAGAAAUGCUAGAUAAUUUAAACGAAUUUAUUAUUAAAUUUCGAUGAAAUUCGUAAAUAUUUAGCCUAAUUUGUUACAAAGCAACACUAUUUACCAAACUUCAUUCAGAAUGAUUUUUUUUAUUAGUAAUGGUUAAUAUUAGCAUACAGAUAUACAUUGAAAUUCCCCCUACCUUUCCAACUUCUCACCUACUACAGUGGCCAUUAUGGGUGGUUGGCACCCAUUAUGUGAAGUAUGUCCCCGUAUUUUUUUUAUUAUUAUUUUUUAUUAUUAUUUCAGACUUUCAUAUGCUUCAACUAUCAGCCAGGUUAAUCCAUCCACCAACCCACCUCAAUUAACUAGUAUCCAUAUCAAUCAAAAUUAUCCAGCAAGAUCAAUGUCUGAGAAUUAUGGAUCAACAUAUAGAUCAUAUGACUCAUUAGGAUUUCCAGGGUCAGUUUAUUCUUCAUACCCAUCAUCACCUUCAUACGGAUUAGGAUCAAGUGGAUAUUCUAGAUUAUAUGGGUUGUCUGCAGGGUUACCAGACUCGUGUGGUCCUUUAAUAUCUUCAGUUAUUCCAACAUCUUAUUCCAAUGCUAUACCUUAUCGUGGAGGAAUUAAUAUUGCCCAACAAAUAAUUCAUAAGCCUAUCAUCACUGAAUUGCAAGAAGUGAUUCAUAAACCAGUUAUUACAGAAAUACAAGAAAUUGUAAACAAGCCAGUUAUAUCAGAAGUUCAACAAAUAGUACAUAAACCACUUUAUACCGAACAUAUUGGUCUUGGCCCAUCAUAUCAUGGAUAUCAAAAACACAUUGUAAAGCAACCUACCUAUGAAAACCCAACUAAACAUUUUGUCCGUCAACCAAUAUACCAUACAGAAACCAUUCAUUUAGCCGAUGAAUAUGAAAAUGCUGCAGUCAAUACUAAUACUGUCAUUCCAAGUAAUUGUGAAUCAGGAUCUUCAUAUGGGACAACUGUAGAAUCUGCAUUAUCUGCAGUUUAUGCACCAGGAUUAGGAGCUAUGCAACCAGGUGCAUUGUUUGCGCCACAAAUUUCUAUGCCUAAUAUUACACCAUAUGGGCCAAUAAUUUCAUCAGCUUCGUCUGUUCCAACUGGUUAUUCUCCUUUACUCUCCAAUUCAAAACCACUCUAUUACGCUAGAGUACCUUCUGCUCAAACUUUAAAUAAAUACACUGGUCAAACUCCAAUUGGUUACUCUACUCCAACCUCAUUUCGUUAUUCUUCAUUGCCGUCUUAUGGUUAUACAUCAGGAUCAAGCCUAAUGAGACAACCUAAUGAGCAACAAACUACGAUUUUCAACACUAACUACGAUGAAUCAUACAAAAAUAUAAAAGAAAAAACACAACCUUUAAAUGCAGAACAAUUAGCAUACGAUCAGUUAGUUUUAUACAAACAACAUUUAAAUAAUUAUAACAACCAACAAUAUUAUGGUAAUCAACUUCAUCAACCUUCAGAAUUGCAACAAUCGUGGGGCAGGACCAAUGAAGAUUCUACACAAAUUAAAAUGGAUGUGGAUGCUAUUGCAAAGCAAAUUGAGGAGAAUCCUGAAAUGAAGAAGCUAUUAUUAAAGAUUAUAACUGAACGCAUGUAUGUUAGUGGUCAAACUAAACAAUCCAAUAAACAAUUAGAUAAAUCAAUGUAAUCAUUUUCACUAAUAAAAUUUGACUGAUUUUUAAGAUUUAGGAAACUGAAAAUGAAAGUUUAUACUUAUAUGGAAAUUAAUAAAUUGAAU